AUGGGGGAUUUUAAUACCCCUCUUAUAAAAUCUAAGAAAUUUAGGGGAUCCCAGAUACAAAAUGACAACAAACUGGACUUAGCUGACUUCAUCAAUGGUCAAGGUCUGGUUGAUUUUGAUUUAUCUGGAGCUUCCUUCACUUGGUCUAAUUGUCGUGUUGGAGUUGACCUGAUUCAAGUUAGGCUUGAUAGGGCCUUGAUCUUAGUUGAGUGGAUCCAACAUUAUGUCUGUUCUCUGAAUUCAAUAGUUAGAAUCGGAUCUGACCAUUUUCCUCUAUGUUUGAUGGUUGAGCCUAAAAACGGCCCACGAAGGAGGUUUCCUUUUAGAUUUGAGAAAAUGUGGCUCUCCCACCCAAACCUUUCCAGUAGCAUGAAGUAUUGGUGGAAUGUUCAAGUGGAUGGUUCUUGUAUGUUUUGGGUUGCUAAAAAGUUAAGGCAUGUUAAGGAUAAGGCUAAAAAGUGGAAUAGAGAAGUCUUUGGGGACAUCUUCAUUCAAAAAUCUGCUAUUCAGGAGGAGUUGGGCUUGAUCCGGGAUAAAGUCCAAAAUGAAGGUUAUGUGAAUGAUAAUUUUGCUAAGGAAAGUGAGGUUCUGUCCAAAUACCACAAAAUUAUAGCCCGGGAAGAGACCUUUUGGAGGCAGAGAUCUAGAUCCUUAUGGCUCAAGGAUGGUGAUAAAAAUACCAGAUUCUUCCACAUCUCUACCCUUAAACACAUGGUUGCAAAUAGAAUUGGCCACCUUGUGAAGAAUGGGAGAAGAAUUGAUAAUGAGGAUGAAAUAAGUGGAGUUGUUGUUGAGUUCUUUGCUGAUCUUAUGAAGAAAGAUACUUUAUUAGACUCGGAGGCUCAAAAUAUUUUGGUUGAUAUUAUACCUAAAGUCCUAUCUGAUAAUGAAAAUCAUAAUAUUGCUGCCAUCCCUUCAAAGGAGGAGAUUAGGAGUGUUGUCUUUUCUUUUGAUGGCAGUAAAUCUCUAGGCCCAUACAACUUUCCUAUGUUCUUCUUUCAACAAUUUUGGGAGGUGGUGGGGGAAGAUGUGUCCAAUGCUGUUAAAGAGUUUUUUGGAGCUAGAUCCUUAUUGAGGAAUUGA